AUGCGUAAUUUUAUUGCACUUGAAGAAAAAGGGAGUGUUCGUGAAUUUAUUGCCAAUGAUCUUAACAAUGCUGGUUUACGCAUUGAUACAAAUAAAUAUCGCAAUAUAAUCAUUAAUCAACCAUCACCUCAUAUAACCAAUAAUCCAAAACAGCAGCAACAAGGUUCACGCGUAUUUAAUGUGCCUCUUCAUCAAAUGGACACAAUAUCAGUCAAAGUAGAGAAUGUUGAUUUAACAGUACCGAUAUUUUUACGUUGGUGUUUCGAUUGUAUACGUCGUUCAAUAAAACAUGAAGGUCUCUUUCGAAAAUCAGGUGGAUCACAACGUGUUAAAGAACUUAUGGCUCGAAUAGAAGAUGGUCCACUUACGCCAAGUUUAUCCCCGUCGAAUACAGUAUUUGAUGUUUGCUCAUUAUUUAAAGAAUUUCUCCGUCGUCUAACGUACCCAUUAAUAACAUAUCCAUUACAAGAUCUCUUGCUCGAUUGUUUUUCUAUGCGUUCAUUAUCAUCAGAUAAAAAAGUGGAUAUUUAUCUUAAUAUUCUUCUGCUUUUGCCCGAUGAACAUCUACAUGCAUUGAUAUAUAUCUUACGAUUUCUACAUGAAAUUACCUUGAAUGAACGUGAUAAUAAAAUGAAUGCAAAAAAUUUAGCUAUCUGCGUUGGUCCUGGUAUCAUGCGUACAGCAGUCGAAGGUAAAGCAAGUGUUAUGACUGAACAAUGUGCAACAAGUGUUAGUGAUAUUGUCGAAGUUUUAAUUAUUAAUGCGGCUAAGCUUGGCUAUGUUGCCGAUUCAGUCUACGAACGAUCACAGAUGCUUUUAGAAAUGAGACAAAAAGAAGCAGUAGUGAAUGCAGAUGAAAGUUUUGCGAUUGAAAAUGGAAACGACAAUGGUAUUAGCAAUGGAAAAAUCAACGAUCCAGCGAAUGCCAAAAAACGUCGUAGUGGUUCUGUGAAAGAAUUUCUUGUUCAUAUGACAAAUCGAUUGCGGCGUCGAUCUGGCUCGAACAAUGAUAGUCGCGAUCAAACCAAUGCUUUUCUAGACCAAAGCGGAAAAUUAUCUUCGUCUCAUACACGUGAACAUCGUUACCAUUAUCAACAAAAUAGCAUUAGUGGACAUUGUUUAUCGUCGUCAUCCAGUUCAACGACGACAACAAAACGAAAAUCAAGCGACGAUCCAAAUGGUGGAAAUUCUAAAAGAGGUAAAACAAAGACAACUCAAGAAAAAUCAUCCCUACCCGAUAUGAAUCGUUUUACAAGUCCAAUAUCAGCGUUUCGUCGAAAGAAAAAAACUCCUGGCAGUAGUAAUGAUCCAGGUUUUCCUUUUAAAAUUGAACAUUCCCAUUUACCACAACUACUUCAUUUCACCGAUGAAGUGCCACUACGUUUUACAAAUGCUGUUAUUAAUACAGCAUCAGCUGCUUCGUCGUCAUCAUCAUCAUCAUCAACAACAACACCAAAUGUUGCUCUUCAACCAUCCGAAAUGCAGCCUUCACUAUUAACGAACGCAGCACCUGCUGCGUGUAUCAAUAAAUCACUCGAUGCAAAAAAACUCAAUCUGUUGGAUUCAUGGAAAUGGCCAAAAUCGAGCCGAAAAGCCGAACGAAAACCUCUAGUUGCCAUACAUGCACCUAUGUUAGUAACAUCAACAGUGGGUUCCUCGUCUCUAUCUCAAUCUCCUCCAUCUCCCAUCAAACCAAACAACGGAUCCACUCAAUCGUCAUCUCAACAAAUGGCAGGAUCCUCAAUGAUGCAUUCAAGUUUCGGUGUACCACGUCGUCACUCCGAUGACGUUGUUAGUACAUCACUUUCAACAACAGCCUAUCGGCCACGUCGUUCAAUAUCAUCCAGUGGUGGUCAACAACAAACACGCCAUGUCGUUUGUAUGCUCAAUAAUUAUUCUCAUUCGUUGCCAUCGAGUCAACAACAAAAUGCAAGUGAUGACGACGAACCAGAUGAGCAAACACAAAACAUUGAAUCGAUGCCAAGUAAUCUCAAUCUCACUCAAGAAUCGUAUGAUGACGAGGACGACAUAGCCAAUGAACUCAAUCUAGCUGUUGUGGUUGGCCAUGAAGAUAUUCAAUCAUUACGAGCAUUUUCAACUGAACAAACACAUCCAGAAAAUGGCUCAUUGGAUGUAGCAUUUAUCGAUGAAACAGAUGUAGAACGUCAAAAGAAUCACGUUGAAAAUGAACAACGCGAUCAAUCGAAUGCAAUGGAUAUACCUAAUAAUGACAAUGAAACUUUAUCACAAACUAUCGUUGCUCCUGGUGAACAACAAUCAAUUGAAAUGCAAGAUGUUUGUCAAACAAAUGAUCUCGAUGAGAUUUUAAGGCGAAAUGAAAAUCGUUGUAUUCGAUUAACUGAUUCAGACGAUGAAGAACAUGUUAAUUUCAGCUUAUCAAUGAAUCGUACGACACCUCCAACGAUAAAAACAGAUGAACUAAAAUCGACAACUCCUAAAAUGCCUGUUCGUUUAUCAUCAUCAAUAUCAAAUUUAAUUUCGACAAGUUCAUUAACAUCCACAUGUAAAGAACGUUCAUUAUCUUGUUCAUUGUCUCAAACCACUAAUGAAUUAUUUCAUUCGAAAACACUUGGAGAAAACGACGAGAAUAUUGGUGUACUCAAUGGUGGUCGAGAAAGUAUUCUUCAACUCAAAGGUGAACUGGCAGGUCGUGUUCUAAGACAAGUGCGAGCUUUCGAACAACGUUCAUCGGAAAAUAUACAGAAUCGUUCGAUUGUACCAACGAGUACAUCAACAAUAUCAUUACAACAGAAACUUGAUGAUAGUAAAACUGAAUUAACCAGUAAACCUUCGUCAACGAUCCUAUCGACACUAUCAUCAUUAACAAUCAUAAAUACACCUGAGCAGAAUCUCAUUGAACAAGCAUUAAGAAAUUCGAAUAAAAUUAUUUCAUCGUCGAAUGGUACCGGUGAAGUAACACGUUCAGUGAAACGUUUACAAAAUACACCUAUACGACGAUGGAGAGAACGUGCUCGAGAAUUCGAACGACGCCAUCAAAUAACACCACCAUAUCGAUUAUUGAAUAGAAAAAGAAAAUGA